AUGUCACUUUACUCUCGCUUCCAACCGCUGGCAUGGCGGCGAGCAUGCUUGCCCUUCGGUAUCUCACCAUCACAGUGCCGCCAUGUUUCGGUAAACAACUGGAGAGCUUCAUAUACUGAGCCCACCCCGUCCCAGCUACUUAGAUUCGCCCUAAUGGGUACAACGAAACCUUCUGGGAACGAUGUCUCCAAUCCUGAACUCGACCAACACCUCUCGGAUAUCUUUCUUGGAGACUGGCCACUAGGCUCGUUACCUCCCCCGUUUUGGAGUUCUUCUCAGCGGCUAACAGAAAGCCCCGAUGAUUUCGUGUCAUUCAAAGGCUUGAAGCAUGAUGUAAGGAAUCUUCGUCACUUGCAGGUGUUUGUCGAAAGGAAUGUGAGUGAGGAAGAAGGCAGCCUACUGUUGCAGGCCCAAUCCUGUACCCUUCUAGCGCAGGCGCUAAAGCGUUGCCAACGACAUAAUUCCUACGGGGAGAUUCUCUCGGCGCUCAAUGCCAUCAUCACAAGACUAGAGAAGCUGGGCUUACCGUGCUCAGGAAAUUUAUACUUUCUUGGGAUGUAUUAUGCUGCACUCACAUGGUCUGCCCCAGCCCUUGAGAGGUUUAUAGAAGGAUACCACUCCGUUAGCUCGUCGCCUUUGGAUAGCCAAUCCAGUACAUCUCUGGUGGAUGCCCUUCUUGAUGCUCUCCACUCCCUGAGGUUCCGGGGAAAGGCAGAAGAUACGAGCGCUAUACUGGACUUGAUCACUGGGAGGUGGCGCAGUGAAAGAGACCUACAUAGCCUGCUGUGCUGGGUUAGUCCUGAUGAUCCGACAGCGUCUAGCGGACAAUAUCUCUCCUUACUUGCCAGGUUAGGGAGCGAGAAGCUUCUAACCGAAGCAUGGUCCCAGACACUACAGAGGCUAUCUUCUGGCUCCUCAUUCGAACUGUUCCAGUCUGUAUAUUCUUGCGUGGUGGCUCUGGUCGAUAUUGGUGACAUUCCAAAAGCCAUACAGUACUUGGCAGCAGUAUCCAAACAUGCCAAGGAUACGCUGCCUGGAAUUUCGAGGUUCAAUGGUCUGAAUGCUCUGCUUGCCUCUGAAGCCAUUAGUGCCCUCCUGCCGCAGCUCGCAGGACGGAGGGAAUACCUCAAGCUUCUUGAAGUUCAACUCGUGGACAUGGAGGGCAGAUUGGGACUUUGCUGGGAGCCUGGCGAAUCAUAUCAUAGAAGUGCCUCUGAUCCCCUCUUGCUUGCCUCAGAGCAGCCACUCCUUACUUUAGAUGGCGACAGCACAGGCUAUGAAAGCACUGAACGCUUUCUCGCAGAGAUGAGAGCACUGGGAUGUUCAAGAUCAGCAAGAGAUCUCGGCCAGAUUGCGGAGCUACUUGAUGAACAUGAAGGAGAUGUGAUCCCCGUUUCGGUUCCAUCGAUCAAAGACUCCAAAUUCGAAUUUGCUUGGUUUCCUCGGCUUGCUCCAGUUCCAUCUACGCGCGUCGUUUCAUCGGCUACAGAAGAUACUACUUCACAUUGGAUACCUUCAACGUUAGGUCUGAUCCGGGUAAGUUAUGACAACAAUGGGGUCCCUCUCACUAGUGAACGCUCCAUACAUGCGAUGCAGCUCGGCCUUUUGGUGAGGAGACACAAAUGCACCAAUGACUCUCGUCCCGAUUAUGCGCAUCCUUGGGAGGAGACUGGACACAUGGUUGCCUGGGAUCGUGUUUAUGGGCAGCUGAUUGCAGUAUUUUCUGGGCAAAGCAACGGUCCCAUUGAACAUCGCAUAGAGACUCGAGCCGCACGGCCACGGUCUGGCCUCAGUGCAAUCACGACAAUUGGUCUCCCUGGCGAUACGUCCUCCACUUCGAAUACGGAUCUCAUUCACUCUAUAGGCAAUGGGUCUAUGCAUUAUCAUAUUGAUGCAGACCCAGGUCCAGACUUGUUACUUUGA